UCAAAAUGUCUGCGCCCUUGAGGCGUGUAUUUCCAAAACAUGUAGAUAAUAUUCGUGGUUUUAUGUGUGACAUGUCCAUGUCAUCUCUUUUGCCUUUUUGUAGUCGAUGCUCUGAACGGGUGUAUUCAUCACUGGGUCUUAGACGAUGUAAAAUACCCAAAUUGUGUACACGUACAGGACGUUUGAAGUUCGAAUCCUUCGCAAACAGUCGGAAUGCAAGUGUAUUUCACGAUGACCGUGGCCUGUAUAGACACGCAAAACAGCAGUAUGGAAGUAAACGGAACCAUGUUUCGACCUCCAACACAGUCAUACAGAUUCAGAGAGCUAAUCUUAGUGCUAAGAGAAGCUUUGGAACAUUUAUGUGUCGUAGAAAAGAGAAAGCUGUAUCCGUGAUAUCGACCGAUCUUCAAAAACAGUCGGGCACCGACUGUAGAAUACUGAAAGUGGAUGUUUGGUGUAAAAACAUAAACAGUGGUCCUAGAAAACAAGUGAAAGAAGCAACCACCUCUUCACCGACAGAGAACAUUUACACAAUUCCAAACUUGCUGACAGUGGGACGGAUGUUAUCGGCACCGUUUCUUGGAUACAUGGUGAUGAGUGAGAACUUUCAGUGGGCACUAGGACUUUUUGCUUUCGCUGGCGUAAGUGAUUUGUUGGAUGGUUACAUCGCCAGAAACUUCAAGAAUCAAAACUCUAUCCUAGGUUCUGCCCUGGAUCCCAUGGCUGACAAGAUACUUGUCAGUGUUCUGGUGCUGACACUCACAUCAGUCAACCUAAUACCAUUGCCUCUUACAGCAUUAAUAGUAGGGAGAGAUGUGGCUCUCAUUGCUGCAGCCUUCUACCUUAGAUACAUCACACUGCCUCCUCCGAAAACGCUAUCCAGGUAUUUUGACGUCACACUAGUUUCAGCAAAGUUGGAACCAUUUUUGAUUAGCAAGUGGAACACAGCAUUUCAGCUCUCUCUAGUGGCCUUCACCUUGGCUGCUCCUGUCUUCAACUAUGUCGAUCAUCCACUGUUGCAGGGACUAUGGUAUUUAACAGGGUCCACAACAUUCAUCUCGGGUGCGUUGUACGUGGUGUACUGGAGAGACAGUGUCAAGGUACUCAACCAGGUCAAGAAGUGAGGUGCAUUGUGGGUACAAGUUGUAUCGUGGAGAACAUGAUGGCGCCAACUGUGUGGGAAUGAUAACAUAGUGAUGGUAUGCUGUCAUACCCACAAUUGUGACGACAUCCUGAUGACAUUGUACAUCAGUCAUUCUGCAGAAGACAUUGAUAUAAUGCAUGUUUUCAUGCUACCAAUGAUAACUUAAUUAGCACCACACAAUUUUCAUGUUCAUAACGCCCAUCUUUAUACAAUGAAAAACUUUUGUUUGUGAUAUUUACAUUUAUCAACAAGUAUUAUAAAGUACAUCACAAUGAGAGUGAAAUAUGUAACAGCUGAGAACAGAAAUAUUAAUGCAUGAAGUGCGUGGGCUAAGAUCUGUAUCAUGUGUAUCUGUUCAAGCAUCACCAUCCUAGACAGUAUCAGAUAACCAUCCUCUUAGCUUCAGAUUAUGUACUGAUGACAUGGUGCUACAGGUCGUCUGAUGUCAUUGAGGCAGCAUGUGGAUCAUGAUGUCAUGAUGGUGACAUGCUCGUGACAUGCGGUCAGGCAGUGGUCAUAGUGAACAUAUUGUUUUGUGUCAAUCAGGAUUGGCCAUCUUUGUUGAGACAGUUUCUCUCUUACCUGUUGAUAUGGACAUGGGUUGAUCAUCAAGAGGUGUGCUUGUGUGUUAAUAGGGAGAAUUAUGAAGAUGACUGCUAGCUAUUGUUAUAGACUGUGUAACAUAAUGUGCUCAUUUCUAUUGCUAGUAUGAAUAAAUUGUAUUCAUUUGAAUUGUGGAAUUUCACAAA